UAUUGUCCAGCGGUAGUCGCAUAAGGUCGAGGCUGAAGGUAUACAGCGUCCUUUGCAAUAAAUUGUUGUGGUUUGGUCGCCUCAUUUUAUCUCCUCUCUGCAAAGAUUUCUCGUCUCUAACCCAAGUAUGAGCGAUAAUAUUGAUAGGUCGCUAGAUGAUAUUAUCAAAGAUCAGAAAAAAGCAAGGAGAAAAGAACUUCUGCAGAAGAAGAAGCAACAGAUUGUGUCAAAAGCAAAAGGUUUUCCUGCAAACAAACAGACCAGAAAAGCUGUAGGAGGUGCAGCACAAGGAAAUUAUAACAGGACAGGUGUCAACCAGGGCGGGAAGCCAGCCAAAGCCAACCCAAGAAGGAGGCAGAAAGUAGUCAUCAACAAGCUUAAGAAUGUGCAAGCUUUGAGAAAUAUGGGAAGGCAGAUGUUAAACAGAGCUGUCAAUGCCCAGGCAAACAAACGUCAACAGAAUACACAGGCACAACAGGGGAGGAGAAAAGAUGCAAGACAAAACCUUAUCAACAAGCGUAGGGGCAUCCAGGGAGGAGCACAGCAGAACAUCCCAAGAAACAGGCAAGGCCCUCAAAACAGGCAAAAUUAUAGCAACCCAAGAAAAGGUGGCCAACUGACAGUAUCUGUCAACAACAAUAAUAACCAAAGAAGAAGACAAAAUCAGAAUCAGCAACGGUCUCAGAACCAGCCAAGGAGAAGGGGACGACAAAAUAUCAACAACAAACCAAAUUUAAGUGAGCUGAGGAUAUCACUCAACAACAGCAACACACGAAAGAACCAAAACAAGAGUUUCAAUCUGAAUAAAAGAUUCGACUUCGUUCUUGGAAAGACCCAAAAGACACUGAAUGACCGCUUCACUACUAGGCAGAUUAGGUUUUAAAGUGCUUAUAAUGAUGUCAAACCAACCUGUAUUUUACUAUUAAUUUUAUUAAAUUGCCUGCUUUUUCAUCACUAAAAGAACUAGAUACGAUACAACAGAAAACGUACAUAGAAGUAGAGCAGAUUUUGAAGCAGACAAUUUAAACAUGGCUAGUAAUAGUUCACUGGGAACUAGCCUUAGGGAUAAGCCCCAAGUGUGAGAGCCACCACCUAAAGUCAAGGUAGUUUAGAAUGUUGAGUUUCUGUGGGGUUUAAAGUGCAAUAAAUUGCUACUAAAAAGCAACUCUUUGGCCAUUCUGCCGCAUUUAUAUCUUUGUUGCCAUGUUGGCUAGGAAACAUUUUAUGGAAAGAUACAUAGUGAUAGUUUUAUUCAACUAUACACAAGAUUAUUAUAAUUUUAUAUGCUCAAAUAUUAUUUUAACAAGUUAGACAUGGGCAGAUCGAUUACUGCUAAAACAAGGACUUUAUUCUGUGACAUAGAAAUUUUAUCUGACAGGGCUUUCUUAAGGCUUUUUAUCUUGAUACAAAUAGUAUGUACUAUUGUAUCUUUUUACAAAAAUAAAAUAUAAAACCCA